AUAACAUUUAUCAAACUGAAUACCAAUAACGUACCCAUGUGAUAGGGUUUACAAAUUAAUUGGCUAAAUACUACACAGACUGAGUUAAAUAACAAAUGCAAGUUACAAUUAUUAUUUAUUUAUUUAUCUCACACAUGAAGUGUUUGUGGGCGGAGCGCGGUGCUAUGCGCUUGUGUCGCUUGUCUGUUGUUAUUAGAGGAGUUGGCUGCAACCGUCCACAGAAGGUGACAGCUGGGAGACGUGCCACCAACCACACUGUUUUUCUAUAUGCGGACUACAAGUAUGGUUUUUCCAGCUGUUUUUUUCUUCAGAGAAAUUUUCAAACGCAUACUUUUUACCUGAGAGGAUUUUAGUCACUUAUUGUGCUUUAGUUUUAUUUCGCUCACAUACAAUUUGUUCGCAACACAUACGUUUGUUGGAAAAGUUGACGGCAUGCUUUAAAGUGUUGAACAUGUUCAAUAAUUUCACGCUUUCAUUUGAAUUCUUAAUCGUUAGAAGGCUUUUUGUCUUUUUUUCUCUCUCUCUCGAGGAUAGCUGCAGACUACAAUGUACAAGUUAGGCUGAACGGCAUUCACUUUUUGACCAAAAAACACCUGUUCUAUUUCUAAGCUUAAUUAACAAUAAGAGCAGACACACAUUAUGUCACAAGCGGAGGUUGACAUGGCUGGACUUGGUUUUGGGAAACUACCUGCCGGGUUUGAUGCCAACUCCUUCCCGGGACGAAUACCACCAAGGCGCAGGCGACACUCUGCAAACUCCAGAAGAAACUCAUACAAACUGAACAAUAUUCACACUUUCGAUUUCGAACCGCAAGUUUCCGACGCACCACUCUCCAAAACUCUUUCAUGGUCUGCUGACGACAUUCUAGCAGAAACUGCGGCUGAGGAGAGGAAAGCGGACUCGUCUCCACCGGUGUCGCCUGCAUCGAGCCCCGGAACGAGCACCAGCUCACCUCUCUGUAACCAACCAUCCCACCCGGUAUCACCUCUUGACACAUGGACCGUUGGACAACCAACUUCCUGCGCUCUGAGCACAAGUUCGGAUUCCGAGGCGGAAAUUACUCACAAAAAAGUCGUUUUAUCUCGAGCUCCUUUUCAAAGCAAAUGGGAGCAAGAGGAGAAGGAUGAAAUUGAGACCAAAGCGGUGGCCAUCUCACCCGAUGGAAGGUUUCUCAAAUUCAACAUUGAGAUAGGGAGGGGGUCGUUCAAGACCGUCUACAAAGGCCUGGACACGGAGACAACAGUGGAGGUGGCAUGGUGUGAACUACAGACGCGGCGGCUGACGAAGGUGGAGCGUCAGCGCUUCAGCGAAGAGGUGGAGAUGCUGAAGGGGCUGCAGCACCCCAACAUCGUGCGCUUCUACGACUCCUGGAAAUCCACGGUCAAAGGUCACAAGUGCAUCCUCCUGGUCACCGAGCUCAUGACCUCGGGAACGCUCAAGACGUAUCUGAAGAGGUUCAAGGAGAUGAAACUGAAGUUACUGCAGCGCUGGAGUCACCAGAUCCUGAAGGGCCUCCACUUCCUGCACACCAGGGCCCCGCCCAUCAUCCACCGCGACCUCAAGUGCGACAACAUCUUCAUCACCGGCCCCACCGGCUCCGUCAAGAUCGGAGACCUGGGAUUGGCCACGCUGAAGAGUGCCUCCUUUGCCAAGAGUGUCAUAGGUACUCCAGAGUUCAUGGCUCCAGAGAUGUACGAGGAGAGGUACGACGAGGCGGUGGAUGUGUAUGCCUUCGGCAUGUGCAUCCUGGAGAUGUGCACUUCGGAAUACCCCUACUCCGAGUGCCAGAACGCCGCCCAGAUCUACCGCAAGGUCACCAGCGGCAUGAAACCAGAUAGCUUCUACAAAGUCAAAGUCCCUGAGCUGAAAGAGAUCAUCGAGGGAUGCAUCCGCAUGAACAACGACGAGAGGUACACCAUCCAGGACCUGCUGGAGCACACCUUCUUCCAGGAGAACAACGGCGUCCACGUGGAGCUGGCCGAGGAGGACGACACGGUCAAGUCGGGCCUGAAGCUGUGGCUGCGCAUGGACGACACCAAGAAGCUGCACGGGAAGUACAAGGACAACAACGCCAUCGAGUUCCUGUUCGAGCUGUACAAGGACGUGCCCGAGGAGGUGGCCCAGGAGAUGGUGGUGCUCGGCUUCGUCUGUGAGGCCGACUACAAGCUGGUUGCCAAGGCGAUCCGCGACCGGGUCACCGCCAUCAAACGCCAGCGGGAGAAACAUCGACGCCUCGCCCAGGAGGCCCUGCGUUCCCGGCAGGAAACUGUCAUAGAGGAGGAGGAGCCUGAGACAGCCCCCGCCCCCAAACUUCCCUUAGCCGCUCCCACGCAUUCCCCCAGCCCUGCCCAUCCUGGCAGACAGACUCCUCCCAUACAGUCCCCUAGCCCCGCCCAGCCUGGCACACAGACUCUUCCUACACAGUCCCCCAGCCCUGCCCAGCCUGGCACACAGGCUCCUCCCACACAGUCCCCUAGCCCCGCCCAGCCUGGCACACAGACUCUUCCUACACAGUCCCCUAGCCCCGCCCAUCCUGGCACACAGGCUCCUCCCACACAGUCCUCUAGCCCCGCCCAGCCUGGCACACAGGCUCCUCCCACGCUGACAGUGCCGGUCCCCGCCCUGUGGCCCCUUGACGGCUCGGUGGACUCGGGCCUCAACGCCAGCCUCGGGGCCGAGGCCGGGGAGCAGGACUCCCAGCAGAGGCAGCACUACAACAUCCGCUCGGCCUCCAACAACUCCUCCGCCACCUCGGACUGUGAGACAGACGGCUACCUGAGCUCCUCAGGUCUACAGGAGGCAGGAGGAGCCCCACCCCUUCCCGGAAGCCACGCCCCCUCCGCCCUCCCCGCCGCCGUCCCACCAACCGUUGAAGCUCCUCGCCUCGAAACUCCGCCCAUUGAGGCCCUGCCCCCAGCGGCUCCACCAAUCCCUGCUCUGUGCUUCCCCACGAGCAUCGCCGUGUCCCACAACGCCGAGCGGCUCCAGUCUGGAUCCGCCAGUGGUUUCUCCUCGCCGGUGGACAGCUACGCUUCCGAUGUGACGUCCGGGUUGAGUGACGGCAACGAGGGCCAAUCAGAGAGGAGUGCCAAGGGUGCCAGCAAGCGCACAGGCGCCAAGUUGUUCAGGAGGAGAGCCCGCUCCCGCCUUCGGAUCACUGGGUUGUCAGACAAGGCUGAUCGCGUGGUGGAAUGCCAGCUUCAGACACACAACAGCAAGAUGGUGACCUUUAAGUUUGACCUGGACGGAGACAACCCUGAAGACAUUGCAGCUGUCAUGGUGUUUAAUGAGUUCAUCCUGCCGUCGGAGCAGGAGGGCUUCAUCCACCGCAUGCGUGACAUCAUCCGCAGGGCGGAGGCUCUGAUGAGGUGUGGGGAGCCCCUGGGGCCGGUCAACGCCCUCCACCUCAGUGGGGUUGGCAUGCUCUCUGGCUCACAGCCCAACCUCACCACUCACAGUCUAGCACGAACGCACUCCUCCUCGUCUCUACCGGACUAUGCAGCUGCCGAUAUUGGUCAGGUGACCCGAGGCUCCUCCCCCUCACCAGGAGGAGACUUCUACCUGGACCCCGAGGCCCUGCCCCCUGUUCGCGCCCUCCGCUCACAGUCCUUCCACACCUCCUCAGGUUCCUCCCAGACCUACAACCCUCCACCCUCCCAGUACCUCCAGUACUCCCACCCCGACGCCCUGCCUCCGGUCAACCACCUGCCCCCCCCCUUACCCCACACCUCCCCACGCCCCCCGCACCCACUCCCCCUACCCCCACCAGCACCCCCACGCCUCUUCCCCUCCCCCUCGCCCUCCCUCUCCCUCACCCCCUCCUCCUCCGCCUCCUCGCCGAGUCAGGCAGGGGGAGAUGGAGAGGGUCCGACCGCAGGGGGUGAGGUCGACCUCCUGUCCGCCGCCCCCCUGCCACAGCAGACUCCAGGGCUGUGGUCCUCCCACAACCAGCCCCUCUUCUCCCUGGCUAACGUGUUGUCCCUGGCCAUGAGCGUGGCUCACUCCUUCAUGCCCCCCACCACCAUGGCCGGCGGGGGACCCCAGGCCUUCCACCCCCAGCCCAGUCCCUACGGCCACCCCCUGUUCUCCCCCCAGCCCCGGAUGAUCCAGCCCGACGGCUCCUACCUCCACCCCCAGGGGGCCCCGGUUGCAGCCAGCCAGUACCUGGACGUGUACCAGCAGCUGGCUGAUGCCCAAGCCCAGAUGCAGGCCGGGAGCCAGGGGUUGGUGAACGUGGGAGUGGGUGCGGGGGCGCCCCCCGCUGGUGGGGUGGUUGCGGAGGAGCUGGCCUCAGCUCCGGGCUCCAGACCGGAUGUGUCCAGCUGCUCCAGUCUGUCUCCUCCAGGCUCCACGAUCAGCCCCCAGACGUCUCCCGACAUCGGGCCCAGAGGAAGGCCCCACGAGCGGGCAGACGGCUCCUCCUCUUCCUCCUCCUCCUCCUGUACCUCCCCGGACUCCUCUGCUCCACCUAGUCCACAGAGCACGGUAUCCUCGCCCAGUCCUGGAACGUCCUCACCUUCGACCCUGUCAGACCCGGGGACCAGCACCCAAAAAUCCAGACUGUCGCCAAUCUCCGAGGAGCGGAAGCCUGUAGUCACGGUGGGUCGUUUCCAGGUGACUCCCAGCCCAGACAUCCCCACCGCCUCUCCUGGCCCCGCCCAAAUCCAACAAGACACGCCCCCACCGCAGCUAACCCCGCCCACCCCCACUCAGGACGCCCCUCCUCCCCCUCCCCGGCAGGACAGCGAAUCGGACGGCAGCAGCACGGUGGAGCGCGGCGAAUCAGAGAGCAGCGUGGUGACCCUGUCCCCGCCCCGGCAGGCCCCAAUCGGCCCUCCGAGUAACCCAGAGCACCACAGCAGCGCCCCCUGCCGGCCAGGAGGUCCCAGACUCCCGGAGCGGGAGGAGCGGGAGGGGGCGGAGGAGGGGGAGGAGGGGGAGGAAGGGGAGAGGCGGAGGGGCGGCCGGAAGCUCAGCCUCAGCCUGUGGGAAGGCUCGGCGGGGAGCCCCCAGUUCAGUGGCAGCAACCUCCACCAGCCCUGGGUGAGCUACAUGCGCAGCACCUCCUACGCUAGCAGCGACGACACGGAGAGCGAGGAGGAGGAGACGUGGGACGAGCUGCAGGAGCUCCGGGAGAGACACCUGUCGGAGGUGCAGACCCUGCAGGACACCCAGAAGCGGGAGAUUGAGGAGCUGUAUCGCAGGAUGGGCAAGGUGCCCCCCCUUGGCAUCGUGUCGCCGGCCGCCAUGCUGAGCAGCCGCCAGAGGCGCCUGUCCAAGAGCGGCAGCUACGCCCCCUCCCGCCGGAACAGCCUGCAAAGACUGGACAUGCUGCCCCCUGCUGGGAUCAUGAGGAAGAACUCGGUGAGCGGCAGCAGCAGCGGUUCGCAGGAGAGGGCCGGGAAAGGAGUGACCUUCGCCCCGGACUACAGCCGGAUGUGACAAAGCUGUUCCCGAGGGGCCUGAAGGAGCGGGUGCUGGUUCUGUCGGCCACGGACAGUCCCCCAGUGCCAUGGGUGACCAAGGGGAGACCAGGGGAGACCAGGGGUGGUCCGGGGGUUAGAUGGAGGGUGAUGGAUCGGAAGGGGAGAUUGUCUUCACCGCAUCACCAGACAGACAGAGCCAUACUAGUAUCUCGUACAGGAAACUCUUCAUGAUGUAGAAGGCUGUGAACCCCAGUGUUUGUUUGUUUGGAAUUUGAGCAUUCUGAACAGUAAUUUUAGAGUAGCCUAUCUCAUAUUCACCCCUACUUUCCAACAUUGUGUGACCCCUCCAAAUCAAAGCACUAAUGAUGAUGAGGGUUCCAUCUCUAGACUAAACGGCGUGUCUUGGAACCCCCCCCCUUUAUUUUGAACCCUCAAAAGUAUGCCUUGUGUGUCCUUCCAGUUUUACUGCCUUGUGUGUCUUUGGUAACGUAGUCGAAUGCAAGACAGCUCCUCGACCCAUCCUCCCUCUGUGUUGCUCCAGCUUUCAGCCUCACCAAAUACAUAUCGUGUGUUGAGAACAGAUAAGAGCACCAUCGAUGGACGGAGACAAUCCACGUCCGUGUCGCUCAAACUGUGUUAGCCAGAGGUUCUCAACCCUGGUCCUCAGGGACCCCCUGUCCUGCACGUUUUAGAUGUUUCCCUGCUCCAACACACCUGAU